GAGGUUGCACAGGCCCCGAGCACGCUGAUACCUCCCUCUUGUACAGUACCUGGAUGGUGCCCUUUUGGCUACUUAUAGUUUGGCAAGGAUGGAAGAACUAAGUUCUAUAUUAUAUAAGAUAAGAGACGACCGUGCUAGACCAGAUCGCUUUCUGUGAACGGCUGGGUUUUGAUUACAUAAAUCGCUACUGUGAGCAGAACAACGCCUCCCGCGCGCUUUUCUGCUCUGGCGUGUUUCACUUUCGAUAUUUGUUUUCAUCCUCUGCCUAUCUACGGCCUUGGGCGAAGGGGAAGAUACAAGUGAUUUUAUAUAUAUAGCAACGCAGUUUGAUUUUUUUUUUUAUCUCGUCCCCACAGGCUCCGCGGCCUCUUCUCCUGGCAACAACUUGCUGUUCAAGACAAGGCAAGGCGGAAAAAAACGUGAUUGGUUCUCAGUCUCCACCAAUAGGUUGCGCUCAGUUGUCAUCGACUCUGGCGCUUUCACAGCAGGGACUGCAAGUGAGAGUCUGAGAAGCGCCCGAGGGAGAUUUCUCAGAGAAGGCGGUCGCAACCAUCGCCUCUGGUCGCCGCUGCAACUUUCUCAUCUGCUGCAAGAGGAUGAGGACAGCGCUCCGGCGUUUUUUGCCCACCUACCAGGAGGCUUUACUGCUGCCUCUACUACUCGCCACCUUGUACUGCUGCUGCGCCCGCUGUUGGGCAGCCGCUUCCUCAGAUAACAAUGUCUUCACCAUCCGCCAUGAAAAAAGUAGCAAGUGUGUCCAAGUUAAAAACCACCAGAUAACAACAGGAGAUUGCCAAGAAACAAAAGAAACCUUAUGGACAUGGGUUUCCCGACAUCGCCUUUUUAACUUGGGGUCCCAGAAGUGCCUUGGACUAGAAAUUGCCAAAUCCCAGAAUCCCUUGAAAAUGGUGGAUUGUGACUCAGACCUUACAUUAUGGUGGCGAUGUGAUGAUGCCUCAAUAUUGUCUGCAUCUGAAAACAAGCUGACUUCAAAUAAUGGAAUUGUGACAGCAAGCAUAAACUCUUCCGAUACUUGGAGAAGAAACAAUUCCAGUGAUCUUAUUUGUAAACUCUCUUACCAUGAUAUUUAUACCAGAGAUGGAAACUCCUAUGGAAAGCCUUGCGAAUUCCCCUUCUUUUUUAAUAAAACAUGGCAUCAUGACUGCAUCCACAAUGAGAUGUUUACUGGUGGUGAAUGGUGUUCUACAACCUCCAAUUUCGAUGAAGAUAGAGAAUGGGGUUUCUGCUUAAAGCCAGAGGAUAGUUGUGGGAAUACAUGGGAGCAUAAUGCAGAGUCUGGAAGUUGCUACCAGUUAAAUACACAGGCUGCCCUUACUUGGAAAGAAGCAUAUGUUUCAUGUCAGAGUCAAGGUGGAGAUUUGCUGAGCAUCAUCAGUGCAUCUGAGUUAAGUUAUAUUCAAGCAAAAGAUGGCAUUGCAGAGAGAUUUUGGAUUGGAUUAAACCAACUGGAUAUUUUUGGAGGCUGGCAGUGGUCAGAUCAUACACCUUUGAAAUUCCUCAGCUGGAGUCCAGAAAUGCAGGAUUCCUCUCCAUUAGAUGGAUCUGGCUGUGCAGCUAUGAAUGCUAACAAAGGUGACUGGAUGAGUUAUCCUUGUGAGAAUAAACUUCCUUAUGUUUGCAAGAAACCAUUCAACAAUACCAAAUUGGAGUUCCCAGGAGUUCAAAACUAUGUGGAGACCCAGUGUGAACCUGAGUGGCAUUCUCACAAUAGAUUUUGCUAUAUGCUAAUGAACAGAUCUACUUCCUGGAAAGAUGCAUAUCAGUUAUGCAAUGCAAGUGAUAGUAGCCUAAUCAGCAUACAUUCCUUAGCAGAUGUUGAGUUAGUGAUUACAAAACUUCAUAAUGAAACAAAAGACAAAGUAUGGAUUGGCUUCAUAAAUGAGGAUAUUCCAGCCUUGUUUAAGUGGGCUGAUGGUUCCAAAGCAGUCUUUACUUACUGGGAUCAGGAUGAGCCAAAAAUUCCCUCCAACAGCACUCCCAACUGUGUAGCCUAUUCAGGAAAGCUGGGUCGAUGGAAAGUCCUGCCUUGUGAUGAUAAACUUAAAUAUGUGUGCAUGAAAAAAGGAAAGGUUUUGAAUGAAUCAAAAUCUGAUAAAGAUUGCCCUCCGAAUGAGGAAUGGAAGAGGCAUGGAGAUUUCUGUUACAGAGUUGAGAAGAGUGAAGUAUCAUUUGGAAAACUAUGCAACCUCACUAUAACAAACAGAUUUGAACAAGAAUUCAUAAACAGUUUGAUUAGAAAGCAUAGCAGAGUUGAAGAAAAGUAUUUCUGGACUGGCUUGCAAGACAUCGGUUCUUCAGGAGAGUAUAGCUGGGGAAGUACAGAUGGAAAGGAUGAAACGCUAAUGUACACAAACUGGGGUCAUUUUCAACCAGAGUUUCUUGGAGGAUGUGUGGUUAUGUCAGGGGGAAGAAACCUUGGAAAGUGGGAGGUCAAGAAUUGUAAAACAACUAAAGCUUACUCUCUUUGCAAGAAAUACAUUGGACCAAAAAAGACAUCAGAAGUACUCCCUAAAGUUACUGACCCUUGUCCUCCAGGUUGGCAUAGCGGAUCACAUCUUGCCUGUUACAAGUUCUUUCAUAAGGAAAGAGUGCUGAGAACCAGAACCUGGGAAGAAGCAGAGAGAUUUUGCGAGGCUCUUGGAGGACAUCUUCCUAGUUUUAGCCACUUAAAGGAAAUAGGGGAGCUUCAUGCAAUACUAAGAGAAGUCAUAAGUGAUGACCGAUGGGUCUGGAUUGGGCUAAAUAAGAGGAAUCCAGAAUCUCUAGGAUCAUGGCAGUGGAGUGACAAUAAGCCUGUGUCUACUGUUGUUAUGCACCCUGAGUUUAAAGAUGAUUAUGAUACUAGAGACUGUGCAGCUGUGAAGUUUCUUAGAGCAACACGGAGAUCAAUGUGGAGGCUUUACUAUUUUGAAGACAGAGAAGAGGAUUUCUACUUAAAACCUUUCUAUUGCGGUUCAGUGCUUGAAUGGGUGUGCCAGAUUUCUAAAGGUAGUACUCCGAAAGCACCAGAGUGGUACACACCAGAUGCACAUGGAAUUCAUGGACUACCACUAAAUAUUGAUGGGUCUGAAUUCUGGUUUGUGCCAAAUAAGCACUUGAGCUAUCAAGAAGCUGCUCUGUACUGUUCUAAUAAUGGAAGUGAUUUAGCAUCUGUGACCUCUUUCACUGCAGUAACGGGAAUUCUAAACAGAAUUGCAAAUUUAUCGGACGAAAGGCAAAGCUGGUGGCUGAAAUACACAGCUCCUCUGAGCCGCUACCAUUCACUGUUUUCAUUAUUUUCACACCAUCAUCAACGACACUUUAGGAAUUGUUGGCAUAUUUCUUCUCGAAGCUGGUACAUAGACAGCACAAUAAGCUGCAGUACGAAGCUCCCCUUCAUUUGUGAGAAAUACAAUACUUCGCUAUUGGAGAAGCACAACCCAGGUUAUAAACCAACUCUGAGAAGGUGUCCUAAACAUUGGCUUGCUUUUCUGGAUAAGUGUUAUCAAAUGGUGCCCCCUAAGGAUUCCAAGUUUCAGGAAGCAAAUGAAUAUUGUACAACGUUUGGAGGUUUUCUUCCAUCAAUUAAAAGCCAAGCUGAACAAGAUUUUAUCACAUCCUUGCUUCCUGGUAUGCCGCAAAAUAUUUGGAUUGGUUUGCGCUUUCGGGUUUAUACACGUGAAAACAAGUGGGCAGAUGGCAGUGGGUUGGAAUAUACCAAUUUCCAUCCAUUGCUUCAUGGAAGGCUAAGGAAAGUUGAAUUUGAUAUGUUUAAUGAGGAGGUGAACAACCAGUGUGGUGUUCUGCUCAACAAUCCCAAGUCUCUAUAUGCUGGAACUUGGAAUUUCACUUCUUGUGCUGAUAUUCAGUCUGUGGCCAUAUGCCAAAUGGACUCAGACGCUGUAGAAAACCAGACACAGCAAGUACAUAAUGUCACCAUGAAAUAUCUAAAUGUCACGUACACCGUAAUUCUGAAGAACUUGACAUGGUAUGAUGCACAACAGGAGUGCCUGCAGAAUAAUUUGCAGCUGGUUAGCAUCACAGAACAAUACCAGCAGGCUUUUCUUGCUACACAGGCUGCCCUUUAUAAUUACCCACUGUGGAUUGGACUCUCCAGCAAUGAUGAUGGAACUCAUUAUCACUGGGCUGACAGAAAACAUGUUAGUUUCAGUCAAUGGUCCAAAGAAGAUGAAGAUUUAGUUGAUGAAUGUGUGUAUUUGGAUAGUGAUGGAUUUUGGAAAACGUCCGAUUGCUCCACAGAAAAACCAGGCACAAUUUGCUACCUACCAAGAAAUGAAACUGAAAAACCCGAAGUAUUUGAAUCUAUUAAAUGUCCACACAAGAUUAAGAAUACCCCAUGGAUAGCAUUUCAAAACAGUUGUUAUUCAUUCAUGAUAACAAAAGACAGAUGGAAUGGAAUGAAGUCUGAUGAAGCCCACCAUUUGUGCAGGAUGAUGAAUCCAAAUUCCUCUCUCUUGACUGUCAGGGAUGAAGAUGAAAACAACUUUGUUCUUGAGCAACUUCAGUAUUUCAGUGGCCUUGCUCAGUGGCUAUGGUUGGGUCUGAUUUAUGAUGCUAAUGAUGACACUCUAAAGUGGGAUGAUGAUACAUACCUAUCAUACAAUAACUGGAGACUGGGGAGACCUUACAUAAAGAAUAAUAUGUUUGUUGCUGGUAUUGGCCUAGAUGGUGCCUGGGAUAUUUACAAUUACACUGAUAAGUGGCUGCCUGUGCAAUUUAACCUACACAGCAUCCUUGUCUGUAAAAUAGAAAUGGGACCCAAAGAAUACAAUCCACCACUGCCUAAGAUACUACCCCAUGGAAACAACACAUACUGGGUACUUCAAAAACAACUCAGUUGGUAUGAUGCAUGGAGAGAAUGCAAACAAAAUGGCAGUGAUUUAGCCACUGUACACAGUGAAUCGCAGCAAGUGUUCCUGGAAAAUAUUGUAAAAAGAGAUGGAUUUCCACUUUGGAUUGGUUUAUCCAAUCAUAAUGGAAGUGAUUCUGAUGUUGAGUGGUCUGAUGGAAGCACAUUUGACUACAAACCUUGGGAAUAUCAUCAGUCACAUGCUCCUGAAAAUUGUUUUGUCUUGGACACUAAAGGAUUUUGGAAUCGCGUGGGAUGCACAACUCGAGUUGAUGGGGCUAUUUGCUACUACCCUUCAAAUAAAACACAGCCAAAGGAAACUGAAAGUCCUUCACAAUGUCCAAAAACUAAUAGGGGAUCUUCUCAGUGGAUACAAUAUAAACAACAUUGCUAUGCAUUUGAUAUGGCGUUUUACAACUUCUCUGUAUAUACUGGGAAUGAGGCUAAAGAAAUCUGUAAGAAGCUUGAUCCUUCUGCAGCACUUCUGACUAUACAGGAUGAAGAAGAAAACAAGUUUGUGAGCACACACUUAAGAGAACAUUAUUUCGUUACUGGAAGAGUAUGGCUUGGAAUGCAGUCUAAUGCUCAGUCAUUGAACUGGCUUGAUGGUUCAGAGGUUAAAUACACCAACUGGGCAAAGGGAAAUGAAAAUGCCGGUGGUAAAUGUAGUGUUAUCUUUUCAACGAAUGGAACGUGGUCCAAAACUGACUGCAUGAAUAUCCAAAGCAGAGUUGUAUGCAAAGCUCCUCAAGUGUCUAAUCAAAUGGGAGGGGCAAUAGCUAUUGCUAUUUUAAUUAUCGUUGCACUCAUUGCUGGAUUGAUAUGCUUUCUGUAUAAGAAGAAACGACUGCAGUGGGGUGGAUUCUCUUCAGUACGCUAUGAACGGGGGAUGUACGAAGAUGAAACUGACAGUAUGUUUACCAGAGAUGGUGACUGAUAAACAAUUCUUGUUGGAUUGGGCUGUUUGGCAUCUUUUUAUAGGUUUUGUUUUGACAGACCUAUACCAAAAGUAUUAAAUAGCAGGUAAAUUCUGACCUCUGGGUACAGUAUCUAUUUUUUUUCAGGGUUUAUCAACAACAACCCCUUUUCCACACUUAAAAGGGGGGGGAAGCAUCUACUGUGUUUCAGCAACUACUUAAACUCUAAUCAAACUUUGCACUUUCCAUGGUCUUGAUAUGAUUUGCACAUGCAUUAAGGUGUGAUGCAUUGAGAUAUGAUCCUGACAUUGAUUUUAGGACAUGCUGUAUCUGCCUAUAUGAAGUAUGAUUGAUGCCCAGAGAAUCCUUUGAAACUAACUUAUUGAAUACUAAAUCUGCAAUGUAAAAGCUUGUAAUAUCAAGAUCUAUUGGGUACGAAAUGUUUUUUUUAAAAAACUUGAAAUGUUUUUAAUAUAAACUUGAAGUGGUGGCCUUUUUUCAAUAAAAACUCCAAAGAUUUCAUCCCUCUUUGGUUCAGAUUCUUGCGUUAAUCUUUUAGAUACAACAAUAAAAGAAUAACAGUUUAUCAGUCUGCAUUUUUAAAAACAUUUUUAAUCUGAAUAAGUCGUACACACUGUUCCCACUCUCAUAAAUGGAAGAAACCCAAUUGAAUUGAGGGCUAAAUGCAAGGUUCAGGCCCCUUGUAUAAACAGCCUGUAGUGAGGGGAAGCUAGAGAAAGAAAAAUUGUGCUGCAUGUGAGAAUGAUUGACAUUUGUGCUUAUUUUUAUAACUUAACUUGGAUACUCUUAAAGAAGCACUAUAUUUUUUCUUUAUUAAUAAAUUAAAUAUAUUGCAUUGUAUCCAAUAUUAGAUCUGCUUAGGUCCAUUAUUUUCACUGGGUCUCCUCUGAGUAAGGCUUGGUUAGAUGCAGCCCAUUGGCAGACGUGUGUGGGUCAAAACACUUCCAUGCCUACACUGGGUCUUCCACAUUUUUCUUCUGAUUAUAGCUCCUUCUAUUGUGUUUGGUUAUGUGAGAUUUUCUUUUCCCUCAUGCCAUUGCAAGCCCUUUUUUAAAUUCUUUGCUAUGAUGUGGUUGAAAUCACCUGAUUUCAUGUGAUGAGCUUUUGCACACAAAUGGUUCACCAUAUUGUGGCAGUUGUCUCAUGGAGCAAAUCAAAACAGCUUCCACACAGUGGCCAUUACAUGUAAAUCGUCCCUUACUGAGCUUUAGAGGAGGGUUUAUUAGUAGAUACUUACUUGAAAUGUAGCAUAAGAGUUUUUUUAUUAGACAAGAACAGCCUUUAUUCUUACUAUAACUCCAUUCAUCUAAUAAAUAUAUAACGGAGAUAUUUAACUGACUGUUCUGAUAAUACUACUGAUUUUCCAGGCCCCCAGUGAAAACCACUGGAAAGUGGGGCCCUACUCAGCUGGUGCGCAGAGAGCUCAUGCGCUCCAGCUGAUCACUGUCGGCUGGAGUGCGGUGGCUGGAGCUCCCCGCGCUCCAGCCGAUUGCCCAGCUGGUGCCGCCGUAUUAGCAGAACGCCAAAAAGCGGAGCACUGACAAGCGGGGCCUUACUGUAUCAUACUAGAGGCCAAAUGUUUCCCAUCCCUAUUUCAAAUAUUUUUAACCCCAAACAAAAACUUAAAAGAUUUCCAAACUGAAAGAGUUUUGUAUAUAUGGGAUAUCUCACUGUCAUAGACAAUAUCCAGCAAAUGCCCCUCACACUUGCACAACACCAUUAAUGCAGCAGUCACAAUAGCAAUGGAUGUGUGCUAGCUAGGGAAAAUACUGAGACUUCCAAGAUACAAAAUACUGCUGUUUGACUAUUUGGAAAUCGUGUUUUAAAAAACUGCUAUGUACAAAACAAAAAAUUAUUCAGCAAAAAGUGAUUUUGCAGAAAAGCCUUUAAUAUAGUGCCUAUAGCUAAAUAAUAGUGAUACACAUGUAUAUAUCCAUAGGUGGGGGGCGGGGGGGAAUGUACUUUGUCAUCUUUGAAAGCAUGAUUUAGAAUUUUUAGAUAAAUAAUAUGCCCUUAACCAAGUCCUAAAUUAGUAAUGGUGAAGAGGUUUAUUCAAUAUGUAGUAAAACAUGCAUAACAGCCUUUUUCUGACGAAGGCCUGAUUCACAGGUUCUUGUGCAUGCCUGUCAAAGAAAUGAUUAGUCUUGUCAUCUUUGACACAGCCUAUAUCCUGCUACAUAGCAGAGAACAUGUUGGUCCCAACACACACACACACCAGGUAACUAAAACCGGAAAAGCAAACUGAUGAACAUAUGUUAAAAGAUUUGAUCCUGCAUUACCACAUACAUAGCUCACAGUGCAGGACAUGGGACUUCAUUGAUUAAAUGAAGUGCUGUUUUGCAUGUGUAGUAGUAAAUCAGGAUUUUCACUUCUCUAAGUGCUCAGCAUUACUGAAUUUAUGACUAUUUGCACUCAUGGGCUUAAUGGAAAGUUUUUUAAUAUAUUAUCAGGGCUAUUCAAUUAUGCAAGAUAUAGAUAAAAUAUGCACAAAAGAUUCCAUUGUUUCUACAAAGUGUUUAUUUGUAUAAUAUUCUGAAUGAUAUAAAUUGUGUAAGUUAUGUUUUUAAUUGUGUGGGGUUUGUUUUUUCUUGAAUAUUUUUUCUUGAAUAUUUGAAUACAAAUGCCUGAAUGUCAUGAUGUGAAUAGAUACAAAUGCCUUAAUAUAUCCAGUUAUCCAUAAUGUUCACAACAAAACCUACCUGUGGUCAUGGUCUUAGAAAUAGCGGUUGAUUUAACAGCAAGCUUCAAUGGUGAUUAAAUUAGAUUUUUACUUUGAGAAAAUUUAAGUUGACUCAGUUCUUUUCACCUUAUUAAAAAUGUUUUUGUAUUCAGUAUUUAAAAAUAUACACUCCAAUGUCAAAGUUAAUAAA